AUGAAUUUACAGAAGAAAGCUGCGAAAAAGAUAGAAGGAAAAUCCCAAAAAAGCUGGUUGGGUUACUGUAGUUGGUUGGGGAAUAUUCUUCAAACACUCCAGAAUCAUCAAAAACUGGAACCUCAAUCAAUUUAUUCUUUCUGUUCACGAAACUCUGUUCUCACCCCAAUCAUCGAAAACUCUGCCAGUUUGGCUCGUAUCUCUGCGGCCAUAUCCAUCCAUAAUGGGAUUUAUUCCGAAAAAUCGAUUGUACAAGAAGUCACUGCCGAAUUUCUAAACAUAUCGCCUUCUGUUGCCAAAGAACUUUUGGAACAUGAUUAUGGUUCUCUUUCUGACAAUGUGGAAAAGUUUUAUGGAUCACUGAGCAAGAUUGCAGUACGAGUGAAAGAUAGAAUUGGGCUAAUUAGAGCCAUCAAGAAGCUUCUGGAUAUGAAAACCGAUCAGAAAUAUUUGAAGCGAGGAGCCAUUAAAGAUCUGACUGCACACUUCGAAAAUACAACAAGGAUUAUUGAAGAAUCAAAAAAAUCAAGUGAAAGAAUUCUAGGAGUUUCCGACUUGAAAACGACAGUUGAAUUGCUUCUGAAAAUCAGAAACAAUGAAGGAAAGGAUAUGAAGAAGAAGAAGAAGGAUAGAGAACAAGUCCUGACUGAUCUUUGGCGUAAUUUGAAACGCGUGCAAACUCAAAUAAAUGAGGUCGUGGAUUAUAAAAAAAAAUUGGAAGGAUUCUUGAGUUUAACAUCGCCGGCGAAGGAUCUUCAAGACAUUUGGAAUGCAUCUAAAGUUGCCGAUAAAUACAGCAAAACCUUCGCGAAACUCGAACCAUUCAGAAAUGAACUGGCCAGCAAAGAUACCAAUGAAAUCAAAGAAGCAAUAAAUCAACUUCUAAAGUGUUCCGAACCAAUUCAACAUCUUAUUCAAACAUCGACUCUCCUCAAUUCGACUGAUCUCAAGUAUGACGGGAAAGUGAUAACUCGUGGUCUGCUUGGAUACAAAGAUCUGAACAAUAUUUGGAGUGAUUUUGAGAAUCAAUGGUUUCGACAAAAUGUUCUUUCGGAUCUGGAUCCCACGAGUUUAAAAAAAGGUCUUGUGAGUUUGAAACCAUUCCUAUCUUCAUUGGAUUCUCUUAUUCCACUAAAACAAUUGGAUAACGAAAACGAGAAGAAAACAAUUCUGGCUCUCGCGAAAAAAAUCAAUAAAGUACAUCAAAUCGGAUCAAAAGUCAAGAAUAUCACAAAUGUCACAACUCCAUUUGAAGAAAUCUCUACAUGCAUCAAGCCGCUCCAAGCGAUCCAAACUCCACCGGAUCAAGCCAUGCUGAAAGAAGUUGCGAAUUUUUCUGGAGAGGUUGUUAAAAAUGUCAAAACAUUUUCCCAGUUAAUGAAUGGUCUCAUCAAAAAAGAUCUUAAAAGUAUUUCUGAAACGAUUAGGACAACCAUUGAAUUUCUGAAGACGACACAAAACGAUUCAUUGGAGAUGUGGGACAAUGCUCGUAAACUGGAAAAGGAGAACAAUCUGGGUGAGAAACUUCAAAAGAUUGUCAAACAAUUUGAUGAUGUGCUCAAGAAGGAUUUGUUCCUGGCAAAACCAAAAAUAGGCUUCAACGUUAUCAAAACGGUUUCAAAAGUUUUCGGAGGAACAAAUGUGGAUAGUUCUCUGAAUUGCAUCCAGAAUAAGUCUGUUAAUAAUCUAAAGGAAAUGUUCGGAUUUCUUGAUCAAUCGGAUAGUUUGAUGAAUCAGAAAAUUGAGUUUACGAACGCCACCGAUUUCAUCUCAAAGUUGCUCAAAAUCCGAAAAAGUUUCCAAGAAGUUAUUAAGAAAGUGAAGAAUGCGACAGUGCCCAAGGAAUCCCAGAAAUUGAUGGAUUCAAACCAUUUCAAAGAAGUAGGAAUUCAUUCAAAAGUGAUCGGAGGAAGUGUGGCAGCAUUACGAGCCAUUGAAUCAGUUUUGAAAGCGGAAAAAUCAAUAAAAUCAGUUAUUGAUAUGGAUACGGAUGCGAAACGUGAGAAAUCAACUGAUGCUUUAAUCAAUGAGAUGAAGCAAGCUGAAACUUCAAUUGGAGAGAUUCUGAAAGUCAUGAAGACAAAUAACAUUCGUUCGAUUUCUCAAAUUCAAUCAAUUUUAAUCUCCUUGUCACAACUGAAAAAUCAAACUGACAUAAAGGACGAUAACAUUCCGAAGCUAGCCAAUAAGUUGUCUAAUCAUAAGGAUCUCAAACUUAAAAGUCUCGCAAAGGAUUUAUUGGCUAUUUCUCGUUUGGAUAUGAGAUUUAAGAAUCAUCUGAAAGCGUUUGAAGUCAAGAAUUCAUUGGAGACAACCAAACAGAUGCUGGUGAAUUUUCUGAAGAGUUACACUGAUGACGCUGAAAGGAGGAGAACAAUGGAAAAUUCGAGUGAUGUUGGAGAGGAACAGAUGAAUUUCUGGGAAUGGCUCAACACAGACGAGGCCGAAGAAUUGAUUUGGAACAUUAGUUGGUAUUUCACUGUCGGGUGGGUCACGUUUUGGAUUCUCUUCGCGAUUUCCGAGACGAUUUGCAAUAUAAUGUACAAACGCGACUUUUUUUUCCUCAAAUCCCCGGACCACCCAGACAAACAGAAGGAAAGAAUUGGAAGUGCCAAACAAGCCGAAGAGAAGAAAGCUUGGAAGAAGGAUGAGGAAAAGAAAAAGAAUAAGAAGAAAAAGAAGGGGAAAAACGAAAAGCAGAUGGAAAAUCCCAAGAAAGUAAAAAAAAUGGACAAAUGGUUCAAAUAA